UCGUUUUCCUUCAUUUCACUUUAACACAAUUAAAACCACUCACUUCAACUACCUAACAAAACAGUUAAAUCCACACAGAACAGUUAAAUCCACCACCACCGGAAACUUCGUUACCGGUCGCCACCGCCAAUAUGGACCUCGAAACAACCAAAAUGCUAAAAAACUCCGGCCAUCCACCGUCGCCGGAGUCAUCAUCUUCCUUCUCCGACAAGUUCUACCAAAUCCGCGGCGCAUUUCUAAUGCUGGCACUUCCUCUACUCCUCGUCACACUCAUACUCUAUAUCAUGCCUUCCACUUCUUCGAACGAGUCCAUCGAAGAUUAUGCUCUCACGCAUCGGAAGAUUUCUCCUGAUCGGAAAAUUUCUGAUUCGUUUGCUGUUGUUUUUGAUGCUGGAAGUUCUGGUAGUCGUGUUCAUGUUUUUCGGUUUGAUCGGAAUCUUGAGCUUGUGAAAAUUGGGAAUGAUCUCGAGGUUUUCUUGCAGAUAAAACCUGGUUUGAGUGCUUAUGCACGGGAUCCACAACAGGCAGCGAAAUCUCUGGUUUCUCUUUUGGAUAAAGCGGAAAGUGUUGUUCCUAUGGAGUUUCGCUCCAUGACACCCGUUAGAGUUGGGGCAACUGCGGGAUUGAGGGCUUUGGAAGGGGAUGCUUCUGAUAGGAUCUUACAAGCGGUCCGAGAGUUACUUAAGCAAAGAAGUACUCUAAAAUCUGAGCCUAAUGCGGUUGCUGUGCUAGAUGGAACCCAAGAAGGUGCUUUUCAAUGGGUGACUAUUAACUAUCUAUUGGGAAAGUUGGGAAGAGAUUAUUCAGACACUGUUGGGGUGGUUGAUCUUGGAGGUGGAUCUGUUCAAAUGGCAUACGCCAUCUCAGAGACAAGUGCUGCCGAGGCUCCAAAAGUACCAGAUGGAGGAGAACCCUAUGUCAAGGAGAUGUUCCUAAGGGGAAGGAAAUAUUACCUCUAUGUUCACAGUUACUUGCGCUUUGGUUUACUAGCAGCUCGUGCAGAGAUUUUAAAGGCUUCAGAUGAUUUUGGAAACCCUUGCAUCUUAGCUGGCUAUGAUGGAUCUUACAAGUAUGGAGGAAAGUCAUUUAAUGCGUCGUCCUCCCCUUCUGGCUCAAGCUUGAAUGAAUGCAAAAGCAUAGCUCUUAAUGCUCUCACGGUUAAUGAAUCAACUUGUGCACAUAUGAAGUGUACUUUUGGUGGGAUAUGGAAUGGUGGUGGCGGCGAUGGACAGAAGAAUCUUUUUGUCGCCUCAUUUUUCUUUGAUCGGGCUGCUCAGGCUGGUUUUGCGAAUCCAAAGUCACCCGUCGCAAAAGUUCGUCCUGUCGAUUUUAAGAAUGCAGCAAAGCAAGCUUGUCAAACAAAACUCGAGGACGCCAAAUCCACUUAUCCACUUGUUGACGAUGGGAACCUUCCAUAUUUAUGCAUGGAUCUUGUAUACCAAUAUACAUUGCUUGUGGAUGGAUUCGGCCUAGAUCCAUUGCAGGAUAUUACAUUAGUGAAGCAAGUUAAAUAUCACGAUUCUCUUGUUGAAGCUGCAUGGCCCCUAGGCAGCGCCAUAGAAGCUGUAUCAUCUAUACGAUGACACAAGUAUAAGAAUCAAUGCCUUAAAAUUUUGGAACAUGAGUUUUAUCAAGACUUCAAGAGUUCCUUGAAGGAGAAAUUACUGUCAUUCAUGACGAUCAGAAAUCGCAAUCAGGUAAAAAUUCGACUGUAAAUGAGCCUACACUAAAAAGAAUAAACUAUAGAAGAUGGCUUCAUUAUUUUCCAUUUGUAAUUAUUUUGCAGCUUUGGAAGAGUAAUUUAUAUUCAUUGUGUUCCUCUAUUUUUUGUAGUCUUCAGAGAUGAAUGUAUCAAUGUAACAUCCCUGGAAACUUUCAUUCUAUUGAAAGAAAGAAGAAAAAAAAUUAUUUAUUGAUUAGCUAAGCUGAAUGUGUGUUUUCUUAA